AUAUUUUUAUUACUUGUGUUAGUAAUGGAAUGUAAUUUUCUUAUUUUUUUGCAGACAAUGUAAUGAGCUUACCGCCUGUAGCAGCUGUAGCUAAUAGUUCACAUGCUGGUGAAAUUCGAUGCAAUCUUUCCAAAAAAUUUCAUUCUUGUUCAUUUGAUAAUAUUAAAGAUGUAAACAAUGUCCAAAUGAUGUUAGUUGCAAUGUCACACAAUAUGUGUAAGAUAUCUGCAGAUAUUCAGAAAAUCAAAUCAAAUAUAAUCCACAUAAAAAGUGAAAUAGAAUCAUUCAUUCUUAAUGACUCUAAGAAUGUAAACAACAAAGAAUCACAAACCCUUGAAAAAAGAAAUGAAGAUAUACUAUCAAUAUUUCCUUUAAAUACUGAUGAUGAGCUUUUGGCUAUAGAAAAUAAAUUAAAAGAUGAGGAUUUAUCUUAUACUCAAAAAUUGAUAUCUGCAUUUAUAUUUGCAAGUGAAGGAAAAACGGCUGAAAAAGUAACUACUAGUCUUUUAAAACUAAUAUUUACACUUGAAUUAGCUUCUGAAUACAGCUGGAAAGGACAAAAAGGGAAAAAAAAACUUCACGAUCACCAUAUUUUUAAAGUUAUUAUUGCUGCUGUAAAAAAUAAGUUCCCUGGUAUCAACAAAGACGAUAUAAAGCCUAAUAUAAUGACAUGGUUUGCUCAAGCAUCCCACAAAAUUAAAACAAGCAAACAAGUAAAAGAAAGAUGCAAUAAUAAUGAUGGGAACUGUAACAAUAACGAUGACAAUCAGUUAUAAUCAGUUAUCAUCACGGCAUCUAGAACACAGUAGUCCUGCCAGAAGUCCUGCCAGAAGUCCUAAUGCCAAUCAAUUGCGUUUUCAAUUAUAAUAUUAUAUAAAAAAGUUAUUUAUAAUAUAAUAAAUAUUAACAUAUUAUAUAUUUAU